ACCCCAACUUAGCCAAAACCCCUCAAGUUCUUGCGGGGCUCAGCCCCUCCCCUCCUCUGGGGCCCCCGGCGCCCCUCGGGGCCCUGCAUCCCACCAUGUCAGUGGCCGUGGAGACCUUCGGCUUCUUCAUGGCAGCGCUGGGGCUGCUGAUGCUGGGGGUGACCCUGCCACACAGCUACUGGCGAGUGUCCACCGUGCACGGGAACGUCAUCACCACCAAUACCAUCUUCGAGAACCUCUGGUUUAGCUGUGCCACCGACUCCAUGGGAGUCUACAACUGCCGGGAGUUCCCGUCCUUGCUGGCCCUCUCUGGGUACAUCCAGGCCUGCCGGGCGCUCAUGAUCACCGCCAUCUUCCUGGGCUUCCUGGGCCUCUUCCUAGGCAUGGUGGGGCUGCGCUGCGUAAACAUUGGGAGCAUGGAGCUCUCCCGGAAGGCCAAGCUGGCGGCCGCUGCGGGGGCCCUCCACAUAUUGGCUGGUUUCUGCGGGAUGGUGGCCAUCUCCUGGUACGCCUUCAACAUCACCCAGGAAUUUUUCGACCCCGUGUAUGCAGGGACCAAGUACGAGCUGGGCCCUGCCCUCUACCUGGGCUGGAGCGCCUCCCUGCUCGCCAUCCUGGGCGGCUUCUGCCUCGGCUCCGGCUGCUGCGGCUCUCCCGACGCGGCCCCGGCCCCCAGGCUCCCCUACGAGGCCUCCGCGGUGCGGUCCCCCGGCCUCCCUGGCCGCCUGCGCCCCGCGGCCUCGGACGAAGGCGACAGCACCUUUGGCAAGUACGGGAAGAACGCUUACGUGUAGGACGCCAGUGGACCCCAUUCCCCUCCCACUGCCCCCAGCGGAGAGCGGCCCCCCAACCCCGGGCUGCAGGCCACGUCCCGACUCCGCCCCGUGGCCGGAAGCCACGCCCAGCUCUGACCGCGCCUCCGGCCCCGGCCCCGCCUCUUUCGUCUGGCCAAGAACCCGCCUCCUGAGAACUCACCUCGGACUCCUGGGGCAGGACCUUCUGGGUCUGGGCGCUGGUUGGUUAAGGGGGCGGAGGCGUCCCCGACCGUUUGUAUUCUGUAUAAAUACAUGCAUAAAUAAAUUUGUACUAUGAACUGUUCAGGGAUGGAGGGUGUCAUGAAGUGGCUGGCCAAGCAACGGGUGGCUGGGGUGGCCCCCAGGGCCAUCUCAGUCUUGGACCCCAGGCUGUCACCUGUCCCUCUCUUUAUCACCUUUGGACUGUCUCUUCCGAAAAAAAGAGGAGGGGUUGCAAAUGAUUUCAAGAGUGUGGCACUCAUAAUUACUGACAAGAGUCAUCAAGCAGCGCAUACGGGAAGACCCACCUCUGGGAAACUGACAGGGGCAGAGAUAUCUCCCCGGCCAGCCUGAGCUAACAAGUCCCUCUUGACGCUCGACCUUUCUCAAGGAGACAGCUGAC